AAAUGGAGCCAUUGAUCUGUAUUGCCUUCUCUAUUCUUUUGCUCUCUUCAGCUUUCCAGAACACAUUUUCAAAAGAUAUGGAAGUGGAAUCUACCAACCUUUCAUGUUCUCAUCCUGAAUUCUGCUCCGAAGCAGCCACCUGUUGCCAGAUUGGUAUGGAUGGGUACGGUUGGAUUGCUGCAGCGGUUGGCUGGAGUCUCUGGUUUCUCACCCUUAUCAUCUUCUGCAUUGAUAAAAUGACCAAGCUCAGGCCUGAUGAAUCCAAAUAUUAGGAAGCACAAUGCUACGUAAAACCAACUCAUACUUCUUGAUGCCUUUUGAAAGGCAGUUGGAUGGAAAAAAUAACCUAGACUAUUCAAGUUGCUGAAGUAUAGAAUACGG